AUGUCAGACCCUGCAGCAGCGCAAAGAAUUCUGUGGUUACAGGCAAUCUCACUUGCAGCCGAAGCAAAACGAGAAGAGGAAAAAGAAAAGGGAGUCAAUCCUGAGAGUGGUGGUGAGAACCCUGACAUUGUCCCGUUUGAGGAUAAUGAAGAAGAGGAAGAGGAAGAAAGUGAAGAGGAGGAGGAGGCCUUUGGGCAGCCCCUUGGGGCAGCAGCUCAAGGCAGAGGGAGGGGUAGAGGAAUCAUGUGGCCUCCUCACAUUCCAAUGGCCCGUGGGGCUAGACCCAUCCCUGGCAUGAGAGCCUUCCCCCCAUGA